CUCCCAAAUGGAUUCCCUAAGCUCUGUAAUGCUUGUAGCUAUAUAUAAAAACCUGUCUUGCUGUGGAAACUGAGCCGUACAGCCAGCUGCAUUGGCAGCAAGACUCUUGUAUUCUCAGCACCCCAUCUGGAAGCAAAAGGGUCCUCCAACAUUCACAGGCUCAGAGGAGCUGCAAGAGCCAGCCGAGGAAGAAGAGGGAGCUGUUCGAGCCAUGGCCUUGGAACAAGCCGAAGAGUUGCGUCUCUACCAGCAAACUCUCCUCCAGGAUGGGUUAAAAGACAUGCUGGACCACAACAAGUUCCUCGACUGUGUCUUGAAGGUGAAAGGUAAAGAAUUCCCAUGUCACCGCCUGGUCCUCGCAGCCUGCAGCCCCUAUUUCAGGGCCAUGUUCCUCUCGGACGUGGAGGAGUCCAAGAAGAAGGAGAUCAGCUUAGAGGACGUUGACCCAGAAGUCGUGGGUAAGAUCCUCCAUUACAUCUACACCUCAGAGCUGGAGCUCACUGAGCAGAAUGUGCAGGACAUUUUCUCCGUGGCCAACAUGUUCCAGAUCCCUUCCAUUUUCACAGUCUGUGUCUCCUUCCUCCAGAAAAGACUUUGUCUCAGCAACUGCCUGGCCAUUUUCAGGCUGGGGUUGAUGUUGGACUGCGCCCGCUUGGCAGUUGCUGCCAGGGAUUUCAUCUGCGACCGCUUCGCCCUGAUCUCCCGAGAUGAGGAGUUCUGCCAGCUCUCUCCCGAUGAGCUCAUCGCCAUCAUCUCCAGCGACUCCCUUAAUAUAGAGAAGGAAGAGUCCGUCUUUGAGGCGGUGAUGAAAUGGGCCACAGCCAAGGACCAUGAGAGCCGGGUGCAGGCCCUCCCGGUGGUCUUCGAGAGCAUCCGGUUCCGCCUCAUGGACAAGGAUUACUUCAGGGACCAUGUGGAGAAGCACGCCUUAAUCAAGUCCAGCCCAGAACUCCUCAAGAAGAUCCAAAUGGUGAAGGACGCCCAUGAGGGGAAAUUCACGGUGGUGAAAAAGAUGACAGGGAAGAAAAAAGGCCAGAAGAAGAAAUCUGGUGAUAAUGUCAUAAAUGGAGAGGUACAGGAAGGAAGGAGCGAGAAAAAGGAGGAGGAGGAGGAGGAGGAGGACACUCUCCCUGGAAUCUUAAAUGACACAAUGCGCUUUGGGAUGUUCCUCCAUGAUCUCAUUUUCAUGGUCAGUGACUCAGGGGCAGUGGCCUAUGAUCCUGGUGCCAACGAGUGCUACUUUGCCUCCAUCUCUGCUCAGAUCCCGAAGAAUCACGUCAGCCUGGUCACCCGCGAGAAUCAGAUCUUCAUAGCAGGGGGAAUUUACUACGACGAGGACAAUAAAGAGGACCCCAUGAACUCCUAUUUCUUGCAGUAUGAUCAUCUGGACUCCGACUGGCUUGGGAUGCCUCCUCUCCCUUCGCCCCGCUGCCUGUUUGGCCUUGGAGAGGCAGAAAAUGCCAUCUUUGUGGUUGGUGGGAAAGAGCUGAAGGAAGGAGAGCAGACCUUGGACUCGGUCAUGUGCUAUGAUCGCCUGUCGUUCAAAUGGGGCGAAGCGGACUCUCUUCCUUACCCGGUCUAUGGUCACGGGGUGGUGUCCCAAAAUGACCUCAUCUAUAUCAUAGGAGGCAAAGGAAACAAUAAAAAGUGCCUGAACAAACUCCUCAUCUACAACCCAAAGAAGUUUGAGUGGAAGGAGCUCGCUCCCAUGAAAACUUCCCGUUCGCUCUUUGGGACAACCAUUCACAAUGGAAAAAUUUACGUGGCGGCAGGAGUGACCGAUUCCGGGCUGACCAGCUCUGUGGAAGUUUACGACAUUGGAGCCAAUAAAUGGGAAUCCUUCACUGAGUUCCCCCAGGAGCGUAGUUCAGUCAGCCUGGUAAGCCUGGCUGGCACCCUCUACCUAAUUGGAGGCUUUGCCACUGUGGAGACAGAGUCCGGAGAACUGGUGCCAACUGAGCUCAAUGAUGUUUGGAGGUAUGAUGAGGAAGGCAAGAAGUGGGAAGGCGUCCUCCGAGAAAUCCAAUAUGCCUCAGGGGCCACUUUCGUGCCUGUGCGGCUCAACGUCCUGCGACUAACGAAGAUGUGAUUGUGUCACACAGCAUCACUGUGACUCUUGCUAUUGAGCUCUCUCGCUCUCCCCUAUCUUUCCCUCUGUAACUUAGCAUUGAAGCAUUCAGUGAGGCGGUGUCAUUUUCGUUUUGUUUGAUACAUUUUUUAAAAUGGCUACAUUUGCAACUUCCUGUCACUUUACUCAGUCUCAGUAAUGAGUAUGGAAACAAUGCAAACUGAUAUCGGAUGGGCUGGCAUUUGUGGAAGGAAAACUAAAACCGCAAUGGCUGAUCUUUCUGGCAAGUGGGCUACCAGUCAAGUUCGAUAUGAGCUGGUUGACUCUGUAGCACAUGUGCAGUUCCUUAAAUCUCAGCAUAGCUUCACCUCCUUUACUGAACUGGAAGUAAGCAGCAGCUCCAAGGGAGGCGGGUCACGUGUGCAAGGUGCAUCAGAACCCUGCCAUUAUUAUUUUUUUGACAUCCCAUAGCUAUAUAGCCUAGCAGUUCUGCGUCCCCCCCCCGGUCAUAUUUUAAAAAUUCAUAUCACUCAGAGACUCCCUGAAGUCUUUUCUGCAUACAGCACACCAGAUGGAUAGAAAAUCACAGGUAAACCUUGGUAUUUGAUGUGAACAUGAAAUUUCUAGGUGUCCAGCUUUUCUGCUCAGUGGCUGGGCCUUAAAUAUCUGAUGCCUGUGUGAGACUGUAUCUUUGCAAGGGAGGAGGAGGAGAAAAGCAGAACAAGUCAGCUCAGCCUCCGGUGACACUUUGGUUCUGUCCACCACCCCACCAGCUCUAGCAGUCGCCAGCCACCACUGGCAUCACAACAUGUGCAGGCAAGGCGAGGAGGGUAGCCAGGAGGUGCAAUCUAAUUGGGAAGGGGCUGAAGAGAGGCUGCGGCCUUGGCAGAGCUUGGCUAUGUCUGGUAGCUGGGAAGACAGAACAAGCUGAAGAUGCACCAAGCAGAACACCGCCUGCCCUCUUGACUCUGUCCAAUCACUCAUAUAUUUAUCUCCUUUCUUCCUGGGGUGCCCAAACUCCUGAAACUUCAGAUCAAGCUAUGUGAUUUAGUAACCUUAGAUUUAGACUCUACAUUCAUAUUUCAUUCCUGACUGCUUGUGAGUGUCUUAAGGACAAUAUCCACUAAGGCUCACAACUAGAUGCUCAGAGAUUUUCUUCUGGAAAAGACAGACACGCAGACUCAGGUCAAGAAAUUUCUGUUUUAUUUAGGCGUACAAUUUGGAAACAGGUCUCCAAUUCCUUUUUUUUAAACUCCCCUAACAAAACAGAACGUUUUGGUAAUGGUUAAGCAAGGUCCCCCUGCCCAUCAAAUGUUUCGUAUUCAGUGAAAGAAGUAGGGCCCAAAUAUUUUUUUUAAAAGCAUGUUUACAGUUCAGAGAUGCUCAAUGCUCAUUUCAAAUUCCCUUAAAUAAAAUAAAAGAAAUUCUUAUUGAGGAGUCUUUCAUAGUAAAACCCUAAGGAAGUUAACAAGCCAGUAAGAUAUUAGACCAUUUCACAUAUUACAGAAUGGAAGGUUGUGGUGAAAAGUUCACUCCAGAGCUGCAACUGACCAAGGUUCUGGAGAAUGUGUUCUCUCUCUCUCUCUCUCUUUCUCUCUCUCUCUCUCUCUCUCUCUCUCUCUCUCUCUCACACACACACACACACACACAAACACACAC